GUUGCUGUGGAGCUCAGGUAGAGCGUGAAGGAAUCAGCUGUUGUCUGUAGAGAGCUGGACUGUGGCGCUGCUGUUUCUUUCAGACAGAGAGAGGACUCCUCAGAGAGAUCUAUGUGGAGGAUCGCCUCUUUCUGUGUUCAGUCUGGAUCUGCUCUGAGAGAUUGUUUAACAUCAGAUUUGUCUGACUCCAGCCUGGAUCUCACCUGCUCAGGUAAGCCCAUCAGUGACAUCAUCUAUGACAGUAAUGUAUCCAGGUGGACACACACAUGCAGCAGCUAGAAUGGCAGCAGACUUGUCUGAUGAGCUGCUGCCUCAGUAAAUCAGGUGCUGAAUGCACCAAGAUAUCUUUAUAUAUGAAACCUCCAUGUCUGCUGCUCCAGGAGUCCUCUGGGCGACCACCAACCAGCCUGAAAGGACUCCUCCUUCAGCGUCACAGCUUUCUUAUUCGCUGGUUUCCACCAGCAGCUUCUUUGGUUUCCACCAUAACAGGCACCAAUGACCUACUGGACACAACUUAGAGCAGCUCAGCUCAGCCGGGGGCUCGUCAGUAUCUCCACACUGUCCUUCAGCCUGGACACUCCUGAAGGAGAGAGUCCAGCCCCAUCUCUUUGAGAUGUUAGGGAUCAUUUUAUCAACACAUUUAUAUUCUGGGUCACAGAUCUUCUAAUAAAAAUAAGUCAGAAUGUUAUUUAGUGUCUGGUGUCUUUUAUCUCUCUCUCUUUCAUCCUCUAUCAUCUCUCCAGACUCUGUCAGGGUGGUGAAUGGGACGAGUCUGUGCUCAGGCAGACUGGAGGUGAAGUCUAACCAGUCUAACCAGUGGUGGUCCUCAGUGUGUGAAGAUGACUUUGACCAGCAGGAUGCAGAGGUGGUCUGUAGGGAGCUUGGCUGUGGGGCUCCUUCAGUCCUCCAGGGGGCGCUCUACGGCGAAGUGGAGGCUCCAAUGUGGACCAAAGAGUUCCAGUGUGGAGGCCAUGAGUCUGCUCUCCUGGACUGUAGAAGCUCAGGCUCAGAUAGAAACACCUGCUCACCUGGCAAAGCUGUUGGACUCACCUGCUCAGAACCUGUCAGGUUGGUGAGAGGAGUCAGUCGCUGUGCAGGAACACUGGAGGUGGAAGAACAAGGAGACUGGAGACCAGUAGAUUACUCUGACUGGACACUGAUUGAAGCAGCUGUUGUCUGUAGAAAUCUGGACUGUGGCUUUGCUGUUUCUGUCAGAGAAAGAGAGGAGUCCUCACUGAGAUCCGUGUGGUGGAUCUACUAUGGCUGUGUUCACUCUGGAUCUGCUCUGAGAGAGUGUUUAACAUCAGUUUCCGCUUCCUCCAUCGUGGAUCUCACCUGCUCAGACUCUGUCAGGCUGGUGAAUGGGACGAGUCUGUGCUCAGGCAGACUGGAGGUGAAGUCUAACCAGUCUAACCAGUGGUGGUCCUCAGUGUGUGAAGAUGACUUUGACCAGCAGGAUGCAGAGGUGGUCUGUAGGGAGCUUAGCUGUGGGGCUCCUUCAGUCCUCCAGGGGGCGCUCUAUGGAGAAGUGGAGGCUCCAAUGUGGACCAAAGAGUUCCAGUGUGGAGGCCAUGAGUCUGCUCUCCUGGACUGUAGAAGCUCAGGCUCAGAUAGAAACACCUGCUCACCUGGCAAAGCUGUUGGACUCACCUGCUCAGAACCUGUCAGGUUGGUGGGAGGAGCCAGUCGCUGUGCAGGAACACUGGAAGUGAAACGAGGACACUGGAGACCAAUAGAUCACAGUUACUGGACCCUGAAGGAAGCAGCUGUUGCUGCUCUGAGAGAUUGUUUAAGAACAGUUUCUUCUUCCACCAUCGUGGAUCUCAUCUGCUCAGGACAACGACAUCCUGACGUGUAGAGAGGUGGGCUUGUUUCUGGAAGCUUCAAACCUCCAGAGACUGCUGAGCUCCACCUGAGAGGACACACCUGUCUCUCUGCCUACCUGCCUUUCUGUCUGUCAGACCUGUGACAUCACGUCCUUAUUCAGCAUCCAUCUUGUUCAACGGAGGGUA